AUGACGACCAAAUCUGGGGAAAGGAAGCAUGGACAUACUCGAUGCGGCUGUCAAGCCAAAAUGAGCGUGAAAAAGUCCCAGGAUGAUGGCAUGUGGAUCGUUAGUUGUUUUAUCGAGCAGCAUAAUCAUCACCUCACGACUCCUAGCAAAGUCCACUUGCUACCGCCACACAGGAUUGUCUCAGCAACCAAGAAGGCUCUGGUUCAAAAAUUCUCAGAAGCUAAUAUUCCAACUAGCCAACAUGUGAGAUUAUUUGAGAUAGAAGGUGGUGGUCCAUCAAUGACUGAUUGCCUAGAGAAAGACAUUAGGAACCACAAAAGGGACAUUCAAAACGAUCUAUCUGGACAUGAUAAAGUUAAGCGAUUUGAGUCGGAAAAGGCAUUUAAUCGAGAACGAGAGUUAGUGUAUGAUAUGUCAUCUGAUUUAAUAUCAUGUAGUUGCAGACAUUUUGAGUUUGAGGGGUAUCUGUGCCGCCAUAUGCUUUGUUGGAUGAAAGUUACACAGGUCAUGUUGCUGCCUGACAAGUAUAUUCUCCUGAGAUGGACCAAAAAGGUGAAAUCAAGUGUUACAUGUGAGGGGGCACCAAAACUCAUAGAGAGACAGUCUGUAAUCUCAAAGCGUGCGGUGUUAGCUCAUAUUGCACUGGAAUUAGUUGAUGAUUGCUCUUUAAUUGAGGCUCGUAGUAGUUUUUUAAUGGAAGAAUUACAAAAGUUGAAGUUAAAGGCAAAAGACCUCAAUGGUGUGAACAAUAUUACAAGGGAAAUAAAUAAGAGCAAAAGUGACGAGCUUACACAGGCCAUCCAAGAUCCGCAUCCGGUUCGGGCUAAAGGAUGUGGUAAGCGACUCAAAUCAUCAAAGGAGAAGUCCAUGCCGAAAAGUAGCAGACAUUGCGGUGUUUGUAGUCAAAGUGGUCAUGAUAAGCGAACAUGCUCUGAUCUACAUCUAAUGGAGGUGGAUUUAGAUAAUGGAGUUUUGGAUAUUGUGGGAGUCCCAAUUCAGAAGGAUACAGGGGAAAUGGAACUCAUUAUGCCAUCAGUUAGAGCAAUAGUUGACACAAGAGAUGCCUUCAAGAUUCUUAAAGCCUGCAUGAAAAGAGAAAGCAACUACUAA